UCCAGGUGUCGGAUGUGUCUGUGGAGGUGGCAACUGUGGACGCCAUGCUCAGCAAACUCUGCAGGAGGUACAACAGGAGGAAGCGGAAGGGCAAGAAAAAAUCCAAGAAGAGAAACCCCUUUUCAAGCCUGCAGAAUUUGACCAUCCUGCUCACCGUCGUCAUUUUUGUCGUGGUGGUGAUUCUGUGGUCACUGCUGUGGGUUCUUAUAUUUCGCAGCGAAAGCAGCAGUGGGGUCUAUUUCGCAGGAAUGUUUCGUGUUGCAGAAGUGGAGUUCCUACCCGAGUACCGGCACGCUGAGUCCAGCGAGUUCCUGUCCAUGGCAAGCAAGAUCCAGCACACUGUGAGCAACGUGUACAAAACUUCUUCAGUUUCCAGACUUUACAAGCAUUCAGUGAUAUCUGACUUGAGCAAUGACAAGGGAGGCCUGCUGGUGCACUUUUGGCUGGUUUUCGUGGCUCCGCAGCUCAAGAGUCCAGCUGUGUGUGAGGAGUGUGUGAGCUCCAUCUUGCGGGACUCGGUGCACAUGAGCAUCAAGAACCACUCGUCCAUCGGAUACCUUCUUGGCCUGCCUGUUGAUCUCGACUCUAUCCUUAUCAAUGUUGCUCAGCGCUCAGACUACACCGGCACUGUUACAGACUCCAACUGUGUGGACAAGCUGUACGCUGGCCUACCGGGAGCAGUGGUCCCCCUCAGUGUGUUCUCCUACUGGACCGGCCUCAGCUGCCAUGUGAAGCUAACGGCGGCGGCAGGAUGCCUGAUUCGCCUGACCAUCGCAGCUUUCGCCAUCGAACCCAGCAGCUGUGCGGGCGACAGCCUCACCAUUUACGACGCACUGCUGCCCAUGAGGAGCAGAAUCCUGUACAGGGUUUGUGAACCUGUGUCCGAGACCCUUCAACUGGUCGCCACAGGCAGCGUCAUGCUGCUGUCCUUCAGACUAACCCAGGGAAAUAAAAGCUUUCGUGGACACUUUCAAGCUGUUCCUGAAGAACCUUGCUUCAGUACUAUACAGAUGCAGAAACAAACUGGUUUUACUGGAAAGAUCUCCAGCCCAUUCUACCCAAGCCUUCUCCCUCCAUCAUGCACAUGCACCUGGCAAUUUCAGACUCCACAUCACACCAUGGGUGUGGCCCUGAAGUUCCAUAACUACAUCCUGAAUCUGAAAGACUUGAACGGUUGUGACCAUGGUUGGUGGAAGGUGAAUGAGAUCAUCUACUGCGGCAGCUAUAUCGACUACUCCACAGUGUUCCACAUCGGGUAUCCCAAUCCCGAGGUGGCGUUCCUGUGUAGUUCCAAACGCGCCGACCCUCCUUUCAUCGCCGAAUAUGGCACCUUCAACAUCAGCCAACCCUGUCCAGAAGGAUAUUUCCGCUGUGCCACGGGUUUCUGCGUGGAGCUGUGGCGUCGCUGCGAUGGCCUAGAUGACUGCCAGGACGAGAGCGACGAGGUCUUCUGCGCAAAACCCUUCAAGAACUGUGAGAGCUCCAGCCAAGCGCACCCCUUCUACGUUUGCAAUGGAGAGCGGGACUGUCCAGAUGGCAGAGACGAGGCCAACUGCACUCUGGAGACCACCUGUUCAGACGUCAGGUUCAAGUGCCAAAGUGGGGCUUGUAUCCUCAAAAGGAAUGCAAAGUGCGACGGAGUCCUCGACUGUACGGACCGCAGCGACGAGGCCGACUGCGCCUGUGGUCAGCCCGUGUUUCGAAAGGGCUACGCUGCGGGCCGGCUGGAUGAGUCAGGGUACGAACGCGUGGUGGGGGGGCUGAGUGCAGGUGAGGGCGAGUGGCCGUGGCAGGUCAGUCUUCACUUCGCCGGUCAUCUUUACUGUGGUGCUUCAGUCAUCUCCUCACAGUGGCUUCUGUCAGCUGCACACUGCUUCAGCAAGGACAGGCUGUCGGACCCUCGCCAGUGGACGGCUCACCUGGGGAUGCUCACUCAGGGAAGUGCAAAAUACGUGGUGGAGAUCCAAAGGAUUGUAGUGCACGAGUACUAUAAUGCUCGCAGUUUUGACUACGACAUCGCGCUGCUGCAGUUGCGACGGACCUGGCCGGGAUCGCUGGGUGCUUACAUCCAGCCCAUCUGUCUGCCGUCCUCUUCUCAAACCCUCCCUGAGGGCCUCCGCUGCUGGGUCACUGGAUGGGGUUACAGGUCUGAAGAAGACAAGGUUCUGCCCUCAGUUUUACAGAAGGCCCAGGUCCAAAUCAUCAGUCAGAGUGAAUGCAAACGGACCUACAGCCCUGUGUCGCCACGCAUGCUGUGCGCAGGGGUCCCGUCGGGGGAGCAGGAUGCCUGCCGAGGAGACUCGGGUGGUCCAUUGUCAUGUAAGGUGACAGAUGGAGGACGCUGGUUCCUUGUCGGGAUUGUGAGCUGGGGGGCUGGUUGUGGCAGACCCAGUCUCCCUGGCGUUUACACCAGAGUGACCAAGUUCACUGCCUGGAUCCAGAGUCACAUGCUCUGAAUACCAUGAAAGUGUCCAUUGCAGCAUUUUCCCUGUUACUGAGUCACUGAUGAAGCCACAGCUGGAUGAAGCACACCCACAUUCUGCAAGCAACGCCUGCUCGGGGACAGACGCUCCGAGUUUCCUCUAUUCCACGCAAAUUAAUAAUGGAAAUUACUGCAGUGCCUCACUAGUCAUUGAAAUCCAGUGUUGUGCAUUUGCUUUUUUGUCAAUAAUGUCCAAGAAGAACAUGUAUGUUCAUAAACCUUGAUUAAUGUCAAAUUCCACCCUUCUGGCCUCAAGCAGCAUUCACACUCUGCGACUCUAGUUCUAACAGGGCUGUUUGUGGAGCUUCCACCCUAACGGAAGCUCCCCCGCUGGGGAACAAUAGGUUACGGUGCUGAGAAACACAGUAUAUUUACAUUUAUUUGUUUAGUUGGCAUUUUUUCUUCAACGCCACUUAGUGUCUGCCUACAAUUAUUUAUUCCUUUAUGCAGCUGAAUAAUUUUACUAGAGCAUUUAGGUAAGGACU